AUGGACGGGUCCCGACAGAGCAGCUUCCUCCUCAGCACCCCCCCUCUGGCGGCUCUGCACAGCAUGGCCGACAUGAAAACCCCCCAGUACCCGGCCUACCCUCUCUCCUCCGCCGGGCCCGCUUCGUCCACCUCCCCGGCCACCAGCUCGCCCAACCCGGGCGGCAUGGCGGCGUCGUCCCCGGGCCUCAAGACGUCGUCCGGGCUGUCCUCGGGUCUCGGCUCUCCGCAGCUGUGCUCGUCCGCGACCCCCCACGGCAUCAACGACAUCCUCAACCGGCCCUCGGCCUCCUCGGCCUCGGCGGGGGUCAUGAGCGCCCUGCAGCCCCGUUUCAGCAGCCUCAGCCCUCCGCCGCCUCCGCCGCCCGGACUCUUCUUCACCCCCGCAGCCGCUGCCGCCGUAUCCCGCUACCCCAAACCGCUCACCGAACUCCAGGGCCGGACCCCGAUUUUCUGGCCGGGGGUCAUGCAGAGUCCACACUGGAGGGACGCGCGCUUCUCGUGCUCACCCCAGCAGAGUUGUGUGUUGGACAAAGACGGAAAAAGGAAACACACCAGGCCAACUUUCUCUGGACAACAAAUCUUUGCUCUGGAAAAAACUUUUGAACAAACCAAAUAUUUGGCGGGACCGGAGAGGGCGAGACUCGCCUUCUCGCUCGGCAUGACGGAGAGCCAGGUCAAGGUGUGGUUCCAGAACCGGCGGACCAAAUGGCGCAAGAAGCACGCGGCCGAGAUGGCCUCCGCCAAGAAGAAGCACGACUCGGAGACGCAGAGGUUAAAAGUCACUUCGGACCCGGACGAGGACGAGGACUACGACAAACCUUUGGACCCGGACCACGACCACCGCCACCUGCUCCACAAGCACGCGCUCGCGCACACGCCCGAGCCCGACAGCUCGUAA